UGUAGAAAAAUAUCUAACACUUUUACAUCUACACUUUUUCAUAUCAUAAUCUUCAUUAGUUCUUGAAAUUUAAGCAUGGCAGACACCUCUAAUAACCUCAACCGCCACCAUCAAACCUUGGCCAAAUCCCACUCCAGCCGUAAGACAAAUAGUCAUCGCGUCCGUAGUAGGGCCGAUAGCUUUGCCAUGGAAACCUUCACCGAAGAGCGCGGUUACGAUGACUUCAGUAUGGAGGAAGGUGACUCCGAGAUGUGCAGCUCAUUUUCCAACAAUUAUAGAGAGGUGCAGUCGGUGUUGGAUCGAAACAGAUUGUUGAUUCAACAAGUUAACGAGAAUCAUCAGUCGAGAACGCACGAUAGUAUGGUGCAGAACGUGGGCCUAAUUCAGGAGCUCAACGGCAACAUAUCAAAGGUUGCUUCUCUCUAUUCUGAUUUCAAUACUGAUUUCACAACCAUGGUUUACCAGCGGAAGAACGGCGUUUGAGAAAAGACCAAUAACAAGCAUAGCCACUACAGAGGCUUUUUUAAGUUUCUAUUUUUAAUCUAUUUGCAAUGGCAUAUUAACUUUCUUCUCUCCAGCAAAUUGGAUUAAAAAUUCUGGGUUGAAAUAUUGGAAUACGCCCGAACCGUGUGUCGGUCUAGCUAAGAAUUGUUUUAUAACCUCCUCAUUCUUUUCAUAGAAUAUAUCCACCAAACUGUAUAAAGACCGGGUCCUAUAUAGAUUUUCACAGAUAACGCUAAUGCAACCGUAAGUAAAUGUAACAUGCAACUUUUACGUGGUAAAAUCCCUGCUUAAGGAGAUUAAAAAAUCA